AUGCGCGUCUACUCGGUCGUUCUGGGAUGCUUUGCAGGGUUAGGCUCGUUCCUGUUCGGGUACGAUACUGGAAUCAUCACCACUAGCAUCGCACAACCCAGUUUCAAAGAUUACAUGCACAACCCGAACCCAGCCUGGACAGGUGCCAUCGUGGCUACCUACAUAGCUGGCGAAGUGAUCGGUGCACUCGCUCAAUCGGCGAUCGGAGAUUCACUCGGCCGUAAGCGCUUCAUGGGGCUGAUGUGCAUCAUUAUCACGUUUGGUACCAGUAUACAAACCGGCGCUCAUAACUUCAGCAUGUUUCUCGCAGGUCGCAUCCUUACGGGCAUAGCCGGCGGUGCGCUCAACGGCACCGUCCCCAUGUACAAUGUCGAGAUCUCGCCUCCAGAGAUUCGCGGGUUCGUUGCUGGGAUGUCUGGAUUGAUGAUCAUCGCGGGAACUUGUACAGCAAACUGGGUUGGCUACGUCUGCGGCUAUGCUGGAUAUGGUCAAUUCCAAUGGUGCUUCCCACUAGCAAUGCAAAUCCCCCCCGGUGUCAUCCUCCUCAUUAGCCUUUGCACCUUUCUCCCUGAGUCACCCCGUUGGCUGAUUCUGAAAGGUCAAGAUGAGCGUGCGUAUAGCACGUUCGCCAAGAUCACAGGAUCAGUUUCGCUAUCGGAGACGCGACACGCCUUCGAAGACAUGCGUGAGCAGGUGUUGUAUGAGCAGCGGCACGAAGUCAAAUCACUCAGAGAGGCCUGGUAUCGAUACCGGAAGCGAGUCUUCAUAGCUAUCGCAGUUACAGGUAUGACACCGCUCACGGGCGUAAGUGUCAUUGCAUACUGUGGGUCGUCACUCCAGUACAAUAUCAUUCGCACUGCGCUUACGCUUCUCUUUCCGGAUAGACCAAACCACACUUUAUCAAGCUUUCGGCAUCGAAGGUCAGACCGUGCUCCUGAUGUCGGCUCUCUACGGUACCGCGGGCUUCCUUGCCAAUGCAAUAUCAGUCCGUCUUGUGGGGUCGGACGCGUUACGAUGCUCAAGGUCGCUCUUCCAUCUGUCAUGGGCAUCCUCAUCUACUCGGCCAUCAUGGGCCACUUCUUCAAUGCGGGCGAGGAUAAGAUAGGAAAGGGUUUCGCCAUUCUCGGCCUUUAUCUCUUCACGUUCACAUACUAUCUCGGCAUUAAUUCCACGACAUGGAUCUACGGCGUGGAAGUUCUCCCUGUUUCCCUCCGCAACAUCGUCACGGGCUGGGCAGCAGCCACCCAUUUCCUUUUCAACAUAAGCGUCUCCGAGGCGGGCCCGACCGCGUUCGCAAACAUCAGGGAGAACUAUUACUAUGUCUUCGCGGCCGCGACAGCAGUAUUCUCGCUCUUCGUGUACGUCUACUGUCCAGAGACCAAGGGGCGCAGCCUGGAAGCGAUUGCGGAGUCCUUCGGAGAUAAGGUUGUCACUUUAGACGAUGCGAAGUCGGAGGUCCCCGUUUACGUCGAGAAGGCUCGGGAUGAGCAGGUCGAGGUAGUGCCGAUAGCCUGA